UUCCCAUCUCAACGACUCCGGAAGUGCUUAUAGCGGAAGUUGCAAGAGGGUGAAAAAAAGGGGGAUGGUUGCGGCAAAUACCGAAUUAGGGCUCCUGGACAAUGCAGAGACCAUAAUUUCUUCUCAGUUGUAGAAGUAUUAAACAUGGACCUUAACAAUUCAGACCCUGCUCCUCAUUUAAGAAUCUAAAAGGUUUUUAAAAAGUCAUUGACUUUCUUUAUCAAUGAACUUCAGACAUGAUGCAGCAGAUUUUAGAAGUUGCACUGGAUCGUGCUGAGUAUAUCAUUGAAAGUGCUCGGCAGCGGCCUCCAAAACGAAAGUAUUUAUCUUGUGGGAGAAAAUCAGUAUUUCAAAAGCUGUAUGAAUUGUAUCUAGAAGAAUGUGAUAAGGAGCCUGAAAUAAAGCAGAAGCUGAGACGAAAUGUGAACUUGUUGGAGAAGCUAGUUAUGCAAGAGACGUUGUCAUGCCUAGUAGUGAAUCUUUAUCCAGGAAAUGAAGGCUAUUCCUUGAUGCUCAGAGGAAAAAAUGGCUCAGAUUCAGAAACCAUUCGGCUUCCUUAUGAAGAGGGAGAAUUACUUGAAUAUUUGGAUGCUGAGGAGCUGCCCCCUAUUUUAGUUGACCUCCUUGAAAAAUCUCAGAUUAAUAUUUUCCAUUGUGGGUGUGUCAUAACAGAAAUACGUGACUAUAGACAGUCUGGCAAUCUAAAAACUCCAACAUAUCAAAGCAAACACAUUCUUUUGCGCCCAACAAUGCAGACCUUGAUUUGUGAUGUGCAUUCCAUUACAAGUGACAACCACAAGUGGACACAGGAAGACAAACUUCUAUUAGAAAGUCAACUUAUACUGGCAACAGCAGAACCUCUGUGUCUAGAUCCAUCAGUUGCUGUUACAUGCACAGCAAACCGGCUUUUGUAUAAUAAGCAGAAAAUGAACACUCAGCCAAUGAAACGAUGUUUCAAGAGAUAUUCCAAGCCAUCUCUGAAUCACCAGCAGGAGGUGUCUCAAAGUACUGUUCCACCACAGUUCAAGCUGUUUGAUUAUUUACAAAAAAGAAAGGAAAGGAGAGGAAGCCAACAGUAUGAUCUCAAAAUUUCCAAAGCUGGAAAUUGUGUUGAUAUGUGGAAACAGAACCCCUGCUAUUUGACUGUACCAUCUGAAGUAGAUGUGGAAAAAUAUGCUAAAGUGGAAAAAUCUAUCAAAGCUGAUGACUCACAACCAAGCGUCUGGCCGAUUCAUGAAAUGAAAGAUGAUUAUGUCUUUGAAUGUGAAAGUGGCAAUCAUUUUCAGAAAACAAAAUUGACAAUUUUUCAGUCACUUGGAAAUCCAUUGUACUAUGGUAAAAUACAAACUCUUAAGAAUGAUGAGGAUAAUGAAAGUCCAUCACAUUUUCUUAUUGGCUCAAAAUCAGAAGCAGAAAGAGUAGUGAACCAAUACCAGGAGCUGGUUCAAAAUGAAGCUAAAUGUCCUGUGAAGAUUUUUCAUAACUCAAGUGGAUCAAUCCAUGUCAGUCAACUUUCUCCUGGGAAGGAACUAGAACAGGCUGAGGGUGUGGCAGGUUAUAUUCAGUCUUCAGUGUUGGGAAAAGGUGUGAAACACAGACCACCUCCCAUCAAGCUACCUUCAAGUUCAGCAAGCAGUUCUUCAGGUAAUAUUUUUAGUCCACAGCAAUCAAGCAGUCAUCUCAAAUCCCCAACUCCUCCUCCUCCUCCUCCUCCUCCUCUUCCUUCUGCUCUUCCUCCUCCUAAGCCUCCCUGUGUAUCUCGGAAGCAAUCUCUGGAUCUGAACCAACUGAGCCUGCUUUCUUCGGCUUCUGGGUCUCCUGCAAGUGCUUCACAAAGGUCUGGAACUCCUAAGCCAGCUAUUCCUACUCCAACCAACACCCUUUCAUCGACCCCACACCCUGCUGAUGCUCAGAGCUCAACUCUGAUCAUCCAUUCUGCUACCCUUAUUCCCCAAGAUUCAGGCUUCACCCCUCAGCCCACUUUACUUACCCCGUUUGCUCAGCAGCAAAUGUCUCUGGGCCAGACAUUGCCUGUAAUGACCAUUCCUCUUUCCACCAUGGUAACUUCCGUUACUACAGGAACAUCUUCCAACCAGGUCAUGACAAACACUGCAGGACUUAACUUCAUCAAUGUAGUGGGCUCUGUGAGUGGAACACAAACAUUAAUGAGUGGUUCAAAUCCCAUGUUGGGGGGUAAUACUGGUGCAGCCCCCCCUGCAGGUAUAAACCUGAGUAAUAUUUUACCAUCAGGAAAUCUGGUGCCAAAUGCACUCCCUGCUGCAAUGCAGCAUACCUCUCAGCCAGCAGGUGUUCCUUUUGGUUUAAAAAAUGCUCCAGGCCUUCGCCCAUUGAAUCUUCUACAGCUUGCAGGUGGCUCACUGAUAUUCAACCCUGUCCAACAGCAGCAACAACAACUCUCCCAGUUUUCAUCUCAGCUGCCUACAACUUCUAGUCCUCAGCCACAGGGAGAUCAGGGUUCUGAGGAAGUCCCCCCAAACCAAGAUCAAUCCUUAUCUGCUCAGCAAACUGCUGUUGUUAACUUGACUGGAGUAGGGAAUUUUAUGCAACCUCAGGCAGCAGAUUGCUUAAACAAAUAAUAUUUUCCUGAACUGCUUUUUUAUUGCAGUGCCACGCUAUCCCUGAAAAAUGCUAACCAAAGCUAAGGUCAGCUCUGUGACUUUAGUUGCUGCCUGUAAAUGAAAAGACUUUAAUUACUUUCACAUCUUCAGCUUUUCUUUGCCUCCUAAUCAGCCUCAGUGGACUAGGCAUACAGCUGGUACUAGGGUAUUCUUUUUGAUGUGUAUUCCCUGCUUACUCUCUUGUAAUCCCUUCCUUUCCAAAGAAUGUAAAUACAAAGAUUAAUCCCCUUCUUGCUAAUUAUCCUAGCACCAGGGUGCAUGCUUCAAAGGGGGAGGGGGGAUGCUAAGGUAACAUUGUAAGCAUGAUUUUUCACUUGGUGACUGCAUCACUUGAUGACUAAAUUGCUGGCCCCAAUUGUAGUUGCUAAAUGAGGAAUAUCUGGACAGCAAAAACAAUUUUUAUGGAUGUUUAAAUAAAUCUCCCUCCCUCUGCUCA